GGUACGUUACAACCGAAAGCGAGUUCGGAGGAAAGCCCAGACGCCUCCUCCUGGUUUACCGCGCGUAUUCGGUGAUUUUAAAACCGGCCCAGUUCUCGUGAGGGUAACACAGGGCGACAUGUUGAAACCUUCCUUGUGUGGUUUUCUUUAAGUGAACUUCCAGUUAGGGGAAGUGAGUGUGGUAGCGUGGACACCAAAUCCCGGAGUGAACGCUGUGCAAAACCGAGACUUUCUGAACAAAACAACACAACUUGGAGGCGUUUGGAGGAUUCAGACACACGCCGAGGUGAGAAAGUCAUCAUUAAAGAGUCACAAGCUUUAGGAGGGGAUGAAGAUCUAACAGACGUGACAGCAGUUCCCUCAGUGAGACAAAAAAGAAGAAGCAGCCAAUAUGGCAUCCCAGGAGGGGGAGGAGCCAAACAGUAACAAUGGCCAAUCUGACAGUAGGCUGAAGAACAAGAAGCCGCCCAGCCUGGUGAUUGCAAUCCCAUCUAGUGAGGAGCAAGAAAAAGCUGCAACAGAGGAACAGCCCUUAAGGUCAUCAACAAAAAAAAGCGUCAGUAUGCAGCAGUCAACUGAGGCAUUGUCGGACAACGGGAUGAAUGAGAGGAGAGCGGCGUUCCGCAGACAGACAUCUCUCUCGCAGAGUAUCCGCAGGAGCACGGCUCAGUGGUUUGGUGUCGGGACUGACUGUGAAAAUCAGCAGCAGGUAUGGCAGAGGAAGAGUCUGCGCCACUGUAGCCUGCGGUACGGCCCCCUGAAACCUCAGUACAGGGACCCGCAGGAGGCAGCGAGCAUCGACCACAGCAUUGACUCGCCUGUCACUCACAAGAUGCCAAAGAUUGUGGACCCUCUGGCGCGUGGACGUCAAUUUCGUUACGAUGAUGUAGAACGGCCCAGGACGCCACAUGUUGCUCAUGCUCCUACCCCGCAGACCCCAGGCGUCUCCUCUCUGUGCUCUUUCACCAGCCAGCGCUCCGUUCACUCCCGGUUCCCACGUAGGAAGCGAGAGUCUGUCGCCCGCAUGAGCAUCCGUGCAGCCUCCAAUCUACUCAGGGGUCGGCCAGGCUUGCACGGCACUCAAAUCCCUCGAAGUUUUCCCCGGAGGAGUUUUGUUCGGCCCAGCUGGAUGGAGGAGGAGACAGUGGACACAGCAGACACCUCCGACUCUGUCUUCUUUAGCAAGAUGGAUGCACAUGAGGACUUCUACUCUAUGGCAGACGAAGUGUUUGAAUCCCCGCCCCUCUCUGCUUCAUUGGCCGUGGACGGGUUUGUAGAUGAAGCAGGACGUUACCCAAGCUUUAAGGAUAUCAGCCGAGCUCCGGCUGCAAUGGUAAGCCCCGCCCUUCGGCGCGGAGGCCGUAUUGCGUCCAGAGUAAAACACUUUGCCUUUGAUAAACACAAGCGGGAGUAUGGUUUGGGCGUGGUGGGGAAGUGGCUAGAUCGUCACUACCGGCGCAGCCUGAGUAGCCAAGUGCAAAAACAGCUGGAUGACUUCCGCAGCCACAGACCAUAUUUUACCUACUGGAUCACCUUCGUGCACAUCGUCAUCACUCUGCUGGCCUGCUGCACUUACGGUUUUGCUCCAGUCGGCUUUGCUCAGCACGCCGUCACUCAACUAGUGCUGAGGAACAAAGGGGUGUAUGAGAGUGUGAAAUAUGUUCAGCAGCAAAAUUUCUGGAUCGGUCCCGGAUCCGUAGACCUGAUCCACCUUGGAGCAAAGUUUUCACCAUGUAUUAGACGAGACGUAAAGAUAGCUGAGCGCAUGCAACGUGACAGAAAUGAGGAAAAAGAGUCAGGCUGCUGCGUGCAAAAUGAUAAUUCUGGAUGUGUGCAGACGCUCCGGAACGACUGCUCGGAGACUUUGGCCACCUUCAUUAAAUGGGACAAAGUACAUGCAGAUAUUGUUCGUUCCUCAGGGGCAGUAUGCCAUCAGGACCCCAGGACAUGUCAGGAGCCUGCCUCAGCAGAGCCACAUGUUUGGCCUGAUGACAUCACGCUAUGGCCAAUCUGUACAGACAGAGGCACAUGGAAUCAAACGGGUUACCGACACAUGGACUGCACUAUCAGAGGACGUCCUUGCUGCAUCGGGACACAAGGAAGGUGUGAGAUUGCCACACGAGAGUACUGUGAUUUCAUGCAUGGAUACUUCCACGAAGAGGCCACGCUUUGCUCUCAGGUUCAUUGUCUGGAUGAGGUGUGUGGGCUGUUGCCGUUCCUCAACCCUGACAUUCCGGACCAGUUCUACAGGCUCUGGCUCUCUCUCUUCCUACAUGCAGGCCUCCUGCACUGCCUUGUGUCCGUAGUCUUUCAGAUGACUAUACUGAGAGACCUGGAGAAACUUGCUGGAUGGGUGCGCAUCUCCAUCAUCUACAUUUUCAGUGGGAUCACAGGAAACCUAGCUAGUGCUCUCUUCCUGCCAUACAAAGCAGAGGUAGAAAAAAAGAUCUUUUUCAGAUCUUUGCUGAGCUCCUUGGAUAUUUCCAAAUGUACUGUGCAAAGUCACAGGUCAAACCCCUUUAUGAAGGCACAGAAAAGAUACCAGCUGUGGUCAUCUAUGAUCACUAGACAAAUGAUGACAUGUCAGGACUUUCAACAUAAACAUUUUGGUUGAAUCUUCAGAUGUUGUUUUAUAGAAAUAACAUGCGUAAUUAAUUAUCACUAGCAGAUGUAAUCAUGGUAUCAAUUGCAUAUCUAAUAUGUGCGUAUCCACAUUAGUUUUUAAAAGGGAAACGGAUAUACGUAGAUUUACAUAGAUUAAGUCCUUAAGAGUCUGCACGUGUAUGCUACUUCAUCCCCUAGUUAAUCCUGUUCAUCUGUUGGCCGAUGCGCUGAUGGAAAGAAGCAUGGAUUAGUUAGCAUGACUAGAGUUAAAACGGUGUUGCAUGCUGAGCAAGCAAAUUCUAUUAUGAGCUAGAACAGGAAGUGAGGUCAUUAUACCACUCCACCCCCAUCCAAUUCCCAUCCAAUAGACCCUUAUUUUCAAUCAACAUGAACAAGUUUCUGAACAUUGGUAAAGCAUUACAGGCACACUUUUAAGGUUUUGACAUUUUCAGAUCCAGAGCACUGUACGUGAUGAAAUGCACAACAGUAACUUCUCCUACUGUGUCAUUUCCCUACACGUUUUGUAGUUGAGACGGAUUACCCAGUUAGCACGGACCGGUUUAGCCUAAUUUGACCUGCUGAGAUCCUCUUACUCUCGCCUCUCGUGUUUCCUUCCCAUUUAUGCAAGUGUUAGGAACUGCUUACCUUGAGAGGAGCCUUGGUACAUUUAGGAAACUUCUUAAGUUUCACUUAUGAACUGAUCUCCAUAAAUUUGCUUCCUACAUAAAAUACAUAAGUAAGAUAAUUUUAAGAGAACAAAAUUGUGAAUUAGCAGGAAAAGUCUUUUAUUUUUAAAAGAUGUAAGAGUGGCUGUUAUUUACUGUUUUAUUGUACAGAAUUAUACCAUAGUGCUGUUUAAUCAUUGAGUCUCUAAUUCUCAAAGUUGUUUAUAUAUUUUCCUUAACAGCAGCUCUGAUAGCAGUUGUCUGCUAUAACUCAGGGUAAAGGUUUUUAUUAAUUUAAGUAAAGCUAACACACUCAAAUAUGUUAUGGUUUCUAUCUUCAUAUAAGCUGAGACUAGAAGUAAACUAAUUAAACAGUUAUUUAGCAAAUUUCCCCAUAUCAGCAUUAACUUUCAGAAAAACUCUUGUGAGUUGUAUUAAGUGAAGCAUUUGAAUGGUCCAAGCAUUUUCUUUUCAACAAUAUUUUUAUUGAUUUUAAACAGGGAUAUAACUGAGUAAACAUGUGUUGUAUGAAUGCAUAUUUUAUAAACCACUUAUAAACCCCUGUACUACAUUAGUAUUAAAUAAUUAUCCUGAAGCAAUGAUAUAUAGACCAUUUAUAUCCGUAAUAACAUAAUGAUGCUCAAAAGAGAUGUUUGGAUUAAUAAGAAUUGAGACGCUUUGGCCUGAAGGGUAUGCGACAUAAGGCGAGAAUCAUCAGAACUGCGAAUGUGAGUUUCUUGUAAAAGGGCGAUUGCAGUGUUAAGUUGUUUAAGGUAUGCGAGCACCUUCUUCCUCUUGACCGGCUGGUUUAAACCCUUAACAGUCCAGCUCACAAAGUUUAAAGAACUAUUUAUUUUCCGUGAGAAAAGAUAUCGGGAGAUAAACAUACACUUUUGAUUUAAGGCUGACUCUAGGCAUUUUAGUAUUAAAGAUGCACUGUGUACACAGAACUAACAUAAUACUGGCUUUGGAGAUCUCACACCCCUCUACCCCCAAACAAAACAAGAUAGCUGCUAAUAAACAAAGCAGCAAGCUCUUUCAUCCUUUCAUUUUUCACCCGACAAAUCUUCCUGCCGCUAACCACACAAUCUUCAGCUUCGAUGCAAUUUACAUAAACUAAGAAUUAAAUAUAUAAAUAAAACAUUUCAACACUCCAAUACUGAAAUCUCUUAAUGAGAGAAAAACACACAACAACCCUCCCCCCUUGUCACAUUGUAAUUCUAAAAAACAAACAUGUAAAUCAUGGAUGCAGGUAUACGGUGGGCUCUAUCAAUCAAUAGGGAGUUCACCUUCAGUAGCUUCUGGAAGACCUAGGAUACGCAGACUUUGUCUCCUGCUCCGGCCUUCUAGGUCUACAACUUUGCCCGUUAACUUUGAGUUGUUUUGGGAACUGUACACACAUCCAUUCAACACCACUUACAGGAACUUUGCUGGGAGUUAUUGCCACAUCCCCUGUAUAAUCCUGACCUUGCUCCAAGUCAUAUCCACAUAUUUGGGCCAUUAAGAAGUUACUUGAAGGCUAACGUUUCAGACGUGAGGCAGGGAGUCUGGUCAUGUGUCCGGCAUGUGGGUUAAGUGUAUACCAGGGGAUUGUAUAGAGGGAGAAUUUACUCACUUAUCUUCUAUACCGCUUUAUU